GCAUCUUCCGGAGCUUUCAUUCCUCCUACCGAUACGAAUCGUCGGCUCAGCGCCAACCGAUCCAGACGCGAAUUGGUGAUAAGCCGAGGAAAAGAAAAAUCCUUUCUCCUUCCUCCCUCCCGCAGCUGCGAAUCUCCUCCGCGGCGGCCUCCUUCCUCGGAUCAAUCGCAUCUACUGCGAACGACCAGCCAUGUUAUCGUUGUACAGUUCCUUGGAGAGUCUACCCAAUGAUGUUAUGAUCAGGGACGGAGCUAUGUUGGGGCCAAAUUGGGCCUUGGCCCGCCCAGCACAGCCGAAGUAUAAUAGAGAAACUGGGCCAGGAAAACAAGUGAUGUGCAUAAUUUCUUAUCCUGGCCCGCCCAACAUUCAGCCUGAAGCUCCGCCACUGGUUAUGAUGAUGCCAUCACUCGCAUCCUGGCCGGGAAGCUAAUUGCAAACCUUAUUGUCAUGGGCUCUGGGAUUAUAGGAAGAGCUAUGCUUCAGGCAUACCGAAAAGCACUUGAAAAUGCAAAUAAAACUGGUGUGGCCCAUGAAGCAGUCAACAAUAUCCGUAGGGCCAGCAAGACAAUGACCGAGCAAGAAGCGAGGCAGAUAUUGGGUGUGACUGAGCAGUCGACAUGGGAAGAGAUUGCACAGCGGUAUGACAAGCUAUUCGAGAGAAAUGCAACAUCUGGGAGCUUUUACCUCCAAUCCAAGGUUCACCGGGCCAAGGAGUGCCUAGAAAACGUGUACCAAAAGAACAAGCAAGAUGGAACUCCGACCUGAAAUUCGCAUCUUUAGAAUCCACUGCCUAGAUACUGUUACUAUACUCCCUUUGUAUCAAAAAAACGUCUUAUAUUUUGAUACAGAGGGAGUAUAUUCUUUCCUCCCUUUUGAGAAUGUACAUACCAACAAUGGUUGCUGCUGUUGUAUCAUCAAUAAAAAUUGAGCGCAGCGACGGUGAGCUCUUUAGAGAACUAAUUGUAAGCCAUCACUGAAUUCUCGUAUGGCAUUCAGUAUGAAAUUUUGUUGUUUUCGUUUGAUUA